UCUCUCUAUUUAUAAAUAUAUUCACAUAAUAUUAUUAUCUGAAUCCAUCUAUAUACAAAAAAAAAAAAAAUCAAGAAAUCCAUAUUUUAAAGAAAAGUUCAGGUUUGUUUGAAGGGUUUAAGGUUUCUUAGUCGAGAGGAGAAAGAUGGAGACGUUUUGUGGGUUUCAGAAAGAAGAAGAGCAGAUGGAUUUACCUCCUGGGUUCAGGUUUCAUCCAACAGAUGAAGAACUCAUUACUCAUUAUCUCCACAAGAAGGUUCUUGACGUCACUUUCUCAGCUAAAGCUAUUGGUGAAGUUGAUUUGAACAAAUCCGAGCCAUGGGAGUUACCAUGGAUGGCAAAAAUGGGUGAGAAAGAAUGGUACUUUUUCUGUUUGAGGGACAGAAAGUAUCCAACCGGUUUGAGGACUAACCGGGCAACUGAAGCCGGUUAUUGGAAGGCGACCGGGAAGGAUAAGGAGAUUUACCGAGGCAAAUCGCUUGUUGGGAUGAAGAAGACACUUGUUUUCUAUAGAGGAAGAGCUCCUAAAGGUCAGAAAACAAAUUGGGUGAUGCAUGAGUAUCGUCUUGAAGGGAAACUCUCUGCCCAUAAUCUGCCUAAAACCGCAAAGAAUGAAUGGGUGAUAUGCAGGGUGUUCCAGAAGAGUGCUGGAGGGAAGAAGAUCCCAAUUUCGAGUCUAAUCCGAAUCGGUUCACUCGGAACCGACUUUAGCCCUUCGCUUUUGCCUUCUUUAACCGAUUCUUCGCCUUACAACAAUAAAACCAAAACAGAACCGGUCUACGUGCCCUGCUUCUCCAACCAAACUGAUCAAACCCAAGGAACCAUACUCAAUUGUUUCAGCAGCUCUAUUCUUAACCCGAUCCAAACCGACAUUUUCCACAGGAUUCCACUCUACCAAACUCAAUCCCUCCAGGUUUCCGGUAAUCUACAAAGCCCGAUUCUUGCUCAAGAACAUUCAGUUCUACAAACUAUGAUUGAUAACAACAGAGGACAGAGUCUCAAAACGAUGAGUGUCUCACAAGAAACCGCAGUUUCUACUGACAUGAACACCGAUAUUUCCUCCGAUUUUGAAUUCGGUAAGAGACAAUUCGAUGCUCAAGAAGAUCCGUCUUCCUCCGCUGGACCGGUUGAUCUUGAACCUUUCUGGAAUUACUGAAGAGUAUUCAAGAGUCACAUGUCCACUAAUUUACUGUCAUAAAGAAAGUAAGAAAACUUUUUUCACCUUUUAGUGUGGUGUGUUAAAGUUUGUAUAGAUUAUUACCAUCUCAACUUCCACUACAUAUUAUACUCAUAAGAAAAUUUAUAAUACAAUUUGGUACUUGCUACUUGCUAGAGAAGAGAGUCU